UUCAUGGUAAAGAUGUUAAAUAUUAUGAUAAAUCGGGCUAUGAAUCAGUUUUUAAGUGCAUGUUCCGUUGUCCGUACUGUUAACAUACAGAGAAACAAUUAACAGAUCCACUUGUGGAUGGUAGUUACAAUUGAUAUGAUAACAUGUAUAAUUAAUGCAAUAUGAUCUGUAGCCAGUGAUUUUCCUUAAACACAUAUUGAAAUAUCCAGGAAUUUUGAAACGUUGACAAUCGACAUUAGUUUUGCAAUCAACUGUCGCAUAUUUUGUGUCUUUUGUGUGACAAUGUUCCGUGCCGUUCGCGACUCCGAAGGAUCGGACUUCUUAAAAUCCAUUUCCUUGAUUUCUGGUGACCAACUCUCGGCGGUCUACGUUCUAGAUGAGACUUGGUACAUUGGUUUCAAUGAGAGACAUAAGAACACCGGGGCCUUCCUAUCGACGUGCGAGGAACAACAAGAAUACAAUGCACCACGAUCAGAAGAAAAAGAAGAGGAAAAAGUAUACAAAGCGGAAGAUAGUUCUUCAAAAUCUAACAAAAAUGUCAGAUUUGAUGAAAUUAAAUUAGAACAUUCAGUCAGUAUCCCAGAGACGAUGGCAUCGAUGCAGGUGCCUUCAUUUAGGGGGUAUUCCGGUGAUCAGCUUGCAAAGUACGAUGACUGCUGCAACGGAACGACCGAGGGCAAAGAUACAAUUAGUGUGAAUGGAGGAUCGGAGCAUCGUUUUCGAAAACUAAGCUUGUUGCAAUCAAGUACAGAAAAUCUUAUCAAAAGUUCAAAGGAGGAGAAAAGAGGGAUUAAGGCAAUAUUUGGUGUUAUUUCAGGACUGUUAAUUGGACUUCUCAUGUUUCUUGUAUACCAUUAUAAUUUUGGGUAUACAUUGAAAGAAGCUGGGAUCUUAAUGAUCGUUUUGACUGUACUGCUUUGUAUUGGUAUGGCCCUUUCAACAUUCAUCAGAUGUAUUAUUGCACUAGUUGUCCCUAAUUUCUUUACUGGGAUUGGAAGGGCAAUUCUGCUAUCGGCCAUUUUUGCGUUAAUCCUGAAACAUCCGGUUUCUAAUAUAUCCCACAAUGCAAGAGAGACCGGAAGUAGUAUUGCCUGUGUUGUUGAACUUGCAGCCAAUGAGACACGAGUACUGCAGCGUCAGUUUGAGAAACAACAUGGCGGUCUGAAAGACUUGAUGGAUGAAUUACAUUCGAAAUUUACCCUUGUCACAGAUAUAUUAAAUCAGACAACAAUGUCUGAUGAAGCGUUACAUGUUAGUCGAAAGAAAUGUCGAGAUGUUGUUAAGUCUGUCGAAGCAGGCUGUAACAUAAACUAUACUUCCGCUCAAGCCAAUCUAACACAAUUAUGGAAACUUUCAUUUUGUACCGGCAUUGACUUUUCUAAAAACUGUGAUGGAAUCCAGCUUGGUGUUGAUCUGAACGAUAUUGUAAAGAAAAUCAGAUCUGCGCUAAAUGAUGUAACCAGUCACUUCGAUGUUGAUUUUGGCAUCUCAGAAGAAUUCAGUGUCAACGCAAACGACUCAAAUACCGAAGUGCGGAAAGAUAAAGAAGGAAAAUUAGAUGCUUUUGACACUGCUAUGUCAGUCAUUCGAAAAUGCCUUUCUUUAUCGCUACUCCUGGUAUUCUUAAUGUCAUUUUGGUAUCUCAGAAAUUAUCUGGCCAAAGAUGAUUACGACAACAUUUAUAUCACAAAACAAUUUAAAGAAAUUGACAAAGAAGCAGAGAAGAACGGUAGAGAAACCGUUCUACCUUUAAAAACCCGCGAGAAAAGCGAGUAUGUAAAUACUUUGUCUUUCAAACUAAACUCGACAGAGGUAUCUAACUCCAAAAUUGGAUUAAUUCAAGUUUUAUUACACUUUCUCCUCUGCAUUCUCAUUAUCAUCUUUGACUGCGUUUUGUAUUACAUUUUGAACCUCGUAAGAGAAUAUGGCGACAUUGAAUUAGAAAUUGAAUCUCGUGGGCACGUUAAGAUAGUUGUAGAGGGCAGUGGGCCAAUUGCGGAUUUUUACAAUAAUAGUCUUGGCCAAGGUUUCAACAUGACAUUUGAUACUGGUCCCUGCUUACCAGAACCUAAAGAGCCUUCGGUUGCUGUAGUUCCGGUCGUUCUCGUACUAUACGUUAUAGCCCUCGCAGUUGUGUUACUACGAGCGUAUGGUAUGCGCCUGAGAAGGAAAGUUUCAGCGUAUUAUUAUCCGGAGCAGGAACUGGCCCGACUGGACUACCUGCACAAGAAAAUACGACACAGACGUUUGGGAUUUCUGAUAUUCUUGCGCCAGCAAAUCAGAUCUACCCAUAAAGAAGAACAAGUGAAAAAUAAGUUCCGUUUCUCAUCAUGGCUAGCAUUUAAUUGCCCUUUCAUUGCGCAGAUCUUACCUAGGAGGAACAGGGUUGAAUGUACAGGAUGCGGGCAACGAGAGACAAGCUUAAGUAAAGUGAAAUUAACAAAAUGCAACGGGAUAAAGGGAGGUGUUCAUUGUGAUGCUGUAUAUUGCAAGGAAUGCUACACUGCCCUUCAGGAAACCUGCCCUCUGUGUGUGUGUACUGUCCCACAGGAAACUUGCCCUCUCUGUUCAAGCAACGGUACCUUGAUACCCCGAGAGUAACCGAUGACUAUUAAAUAAACUUUUUCUGAAUUAAAUCCGAUAGUAACCUAUGUUAUUAUUGUUUAAGGAAAAAGCAUAAUCCUUCUACAAUUUCUUUUACUAAUGAUCUUACUUCGUUUGUGCGCAUUGUUAUAUGUAUUUCUAGCACAGGGAGACACAAAUUUGAAAGGGAAACCACAAGUACAUCACUUACGAUUUCGACGGCUAAACGGAAAAAUGUAAUGAAGGGUAAUUCAUAGCGUUUUAAUAUUAAAAUAUCAACGUGAAAAAGUCUAAAAAUAAAGUCACUUAUUCUUUCAAA